GAUAUCUGAAAAAGGGCCCCUGAGCGAAGAUCCUCAUCCUAUAAGACCAUCCGGCAACGAGUUUGAUGUCACCUAGCAAGUCAUGUAAUUGAACCCCUUUUUUCUUCCUUUUUCCUGAUCUUUGAACCCGACUUUUGUGCCAAGGAGCAUAUCAUUGUGAAAUUCUGAUUUAUCAACAGCGCAAGCGAGUCAGAACUACACCUAGAAUCUCUACCAUCAAGCUCGCACUUUGAUCACUUACCAUGACUAUCGAAUACGAGGUCAAGGGAAAGGUAGCCCUGGUUACCGGGGCUGGAUCUGGCAUCGGUCUAGCCAUCACCCAGCGCCUUCUCAAUGAAGGCUGCUCGGUAAUGAUCGCAGACCUCGCCCUCCGCCCAGAAGCCGAGACCACCAUCGCAAACUUCCCCCAUCCGUCUCCAUCCGCAGACAAGCCCUCAGCCGCCUUCCACAAGACAGACACGACAAACUGGGCCCAACUCAAAUCUCUCUGGGCGGCAACCCUCGAAAAGUUUGGCCGGGUCGACAUCGUCGUUAAUAACGCCGGCAUCUUUGAGCCGCCCUGGUCGUCCUUCUGGAACCCUCCCGGCGUCUCGCCUGAAUCAAAGGAUGAUGCGGACGCUGAGGUGGGAUCAUACCACAUCUUCAACGUGAAUACCAUCGGCCCCAUCCGGUUGGCGCAAAUCGCUAUCGACUACUGGCUUCAGAACCGCGAGGUCAAGGGGAAUCUGCUUUGGGUGUCGAGUAUGGGCGGCUACAUCCACUCCAUCCAGACGCCGUUUUACUUUGCUAGCAAGGCGGCUGUUCUCAGUGUCGUCAAGUCGCUUCAGGGAUUAAAGAAGUUGGUGGGGAUCAGGAACUCUGUUAUCUGUCCUGGACCUACGAGGACGCCCCUCUUUGAUCAAGAAUUCUGCCGCGACCGGUUGCCGGCUGAAGAUCUUGCCCUAUCGUCCGAGGACCUUGCCAACGCAAUGUUCUCGCUGUUGACGGAGGAGCAGUAUGGCAACGGCAACGUGCUCGAAAUCAUGAUGGUGGGCAGCAAAGAGGAGCCCAAGAUCCAUACUAAGGAGGUGCAACUCGAAGCUCUGUACCCGACGGCUAGCCCCAUGGGUGCGGGCACCAAGGCCAUGGAGGCGGAGCUCAACUUUAUGGGGAUGAUUGCCGAGAAGGGGAUGCGGUCUAGUUGCUAA